AUGGCCACGCUCCUACCGACGAUCACCGAGCAGGACACUUUCACCUCCCAGAAUACUGACCUAGAGCCAGAUAUAGAAUGGAAGAAUACAACCAUCAAACAGAUCGAGGCGUUGUUGCGGCCGGCGGUGGAUGAAGCGAAAGCGCAGAGGGACAGGGGGCUGGGCAUGUAUCCCUUGGACGAUGCUACGAGGGAGAAGAUCUGCAAGGAAUACGACAGGACUAUUGAGGGCAUCAAGCGUCUGGCGCAGGAGCAGCUUAUGCACGCACUGGAGCAGGAGAGGCAAACGCGUCGAUGGGCGGCAGGCGGCCCCUUGGAUGUGGGUUGGAACGAGGCACUGGCUCGUGAGCAGCAAGGAAUCCUGGACGGUAUAAAGAGAAAGGGGAGUGUGCAACAGCAAGAUCUCAGUGUCGUCCAGAACUCCGUUGAUGACCAGAACAGAGACACCACUGACGGACCAUCGAGGGUAGGUGAGCGCGACAGCAGUGAAGAAUCACUGAACCCAAGACAUGAUACUCAGCCAAGCGAUAGCGAGAACGAGGAGAAUAGUGUUGCUUCUGGCGGAGACCGUGACAUUCCCGCACAGAAAUUGCCCGAGGCCCUUCCCAUCGAUAGCUACGGCUAUGGAUCGCACGCGGAACCAGUCUCAUAUCUUCACAGAGGCUUCGAGUCCUCGUCGUCGCGCAUGGUUGGGCUUGAUACUGCGCGUGGAGACCACGAUAUACCUGCGCAGUGGCUGCGUGAUGCCGCCAUCAGCAGCUACGGCUACACGAAGCCAGACUCAUAUCUUGACCGCGAUUCCGAGGCGUCGUCAUCGCGCACCGUGGGGUUUGAUACCACACGCCCAAGCGUCACCAGGCAGAGGAGCACAAGCUCUUUGUCGAAGAGACCAGAACAAGAAUUCUGGCGCCCUUCUUCACCGCCCGACACCCAGCCGACCACGUCGCGGACGCUUGCACACGCGACCGCUGCGAUGGAGUCUCCCAUUUCACCUGUCAGACGAGACAGCAUCACAGGAGAUACUUCUAGAUCUGUGUCACGGUCGGGCAGUCUUCGAGCUCGAGGGAAACCGCAGCAAGACGGGGAGUUUCACGUCAGUUCACACGCGUCGCGCGAGAUACCGGGCAGUUUGGCCUCCGAGUCUUUACUGUCGAGGACGAGGGAGAAGCAGCGCGAACCGCAGAGCCCACAGCAGAUCCGGCCUCGAAAGUCCACUGACUUCCGCUGGCAGACGUCUGUUCCCCCGUCACCCGCUGGCUCGGCGCAGUUUCCUCCGGCUGAUGGCUACUCCUACCAGCCCAAUUCCGUGACCUAUCGCGAGGCGGAAGAACCACCAGGAGGAAUCCCAAUACGCGGUGCGUCUUCUUCUCGGCAACCACUCUCUCCCCAGGGAUCUCCAGAUACUCCGCGCCAUCAGCUGUCGAGCUUCAACGGAGGCAGGUCGAUUGCGAACAAAUCGUCCUUUACGAGGGAGGCCGAUUUCCGCCAUCCGCAGGCAAGUCCUAACUCGAGAUGGGUGCCGAGUCCACAAGGCGCUUCAGUGCCAUCGAACAGACCUAUUGUGAAGCAGCAGUCUUUCACGAUAGACAGUUCGGCGAGCCAGCAGCCGUCCAGUCCCAGUCAUCGAGGUUGGUAUGGCCCUCAGAUUCCUCCCGGAAGCGUCCGUCGCAACUCUUCUGGCGCACACUCGCUUCGGUCUCAAUCCUCCAGGCAGGAUUUUUACGGCCCGAUUCCUCGAAGGCUGGCAACGUAUGACGAGCAGUCGGUAGCUUCGGGAGAGUAUGGCAGUGACAGUGACAGCGACAUUUGGAACCCUGACCUGGAGCUGGCUGAGAGGAGGGAGGAGGAUGAGGCUGAGAAGAGGGCAAUGGAAGCUAAGGCGAUGGCAGAGGCGGCAAGGCGGAGAGAAGCCGAGGUAAAGCAGAGGGAGGCAGAGCUGAAGCAGAAGGAGGAAGAGGCAAGGCGCAAGCAGGCAGAAGCCAAGCAGAAGCAAGAGGAGGUGAAACGGAAGGAGGCAGAAGCAAAACGCAGAGAGGCUGAGGCAAAACGGAAGGAAGAAGAGGAGAAGCGGCUGGAAGCCGAGGCAAAAUGGAAGGUGGCUGAGGCUAAACGAAAGGAGGAGGAGGCGAGACGUGUAGCGGAGGAAGCCAGACGGAAAGAGGAGGAAGCCAGACGGAUAGCAGAGGAGGAGAGACGGAAGGAGGAGGAGGCGAAGCGCAUGGCGGAGGAGGCGAGACGGAAGGAGGAGGAGAGAAAGCGCAAAGAAGCUGAGAAUAGACUGAAAGAGGCGGAGGCAAGGAGAAGAGACGAUGAGAUCAGACGCAAGGAGCAGGAAUCGAGACGUAAGGAGCAGGAGGUUAAUAUGAAGGAAGAGGAGACCCGUCGGAAAGAGGAAGACAUCAAGAGGAGAGAGGAGGAACUGCAUAGGCGUGAGGAAGACUUGGUCCGCAGGGAGCAAGAGGCUAUAUUGAAGGGGCAGGACGAGGAUUUCCUCAAGCAGCAGGAGGAGAUGUUCCGUCGUGCCGCCGAAGAGAGGAAGAGGCAAGAUAGCAUGAGCAGCACUUCUGACAGCAGUCGACCCACGGCAGGACGUUCCCAUGCUUCGGUACCUCCUUCGAAUCCGUGGCCAAUUCCCAAGAGCAGCAGCUCCAGCUCGAGCAGUAGCUCCACCGAUCGCAGCAGCACGGCCUCUUCCUCGAGUUGGACGAGUUCAGCCUCUGGAUGGUCUUCGUCCGGGCGCUCUAACAGCUCCGCCUAUACCCAGACCUCGACAUCCAGUUACGCCCCCAGCACGCCUACUGCCACAUCUAGUCACACUGCCAGCACACCCUCUCCCAGUAUGAAACCUCCUCCGCAGGGAAGAUCGACGGGUGGUUCGACCCCGACACAAGCGUCUGCAAGCAGCAAACCGACGACCGCCUUCCCUUCAACCGGGCCCAGUUCGGACGAAGAGGAAUGGCGGCGCCGACAAGAAGAGCGAGCGAGAAAACAGCAGGAGCAGUUCAAGCACAUGCAGGAGCAGAUGGAAUGGGACAAGCAGGCCAAAUCAUCCAAGCCUAUGUCGAGGGACGACGUAGUCCGUUUGUUUGAGGAACACGAGCGCCGCUGGGCCGAUCUUCCGAACAUGGACGUGCUCAGCUGGAGCACCCUUCCCUGGCCAAUGCUGAGGAGACCUGAGGAACCAGAUGACUUGACCACCAUAGCCAUCAGUGCAUAUGUUCUCUCACCCCACUAUCCUGGCGAGAAGGCGAAGUCUCCCAGAGAUCGCAUCAAGGAGCAUAUAAGGCGGUGGCACCCUGAUCGUUUUGAAACCAAGCUGCUGCCGAAGGUGCGGAAAGACGACCAGGACAAGGUGAAGCAGGGCGCAGGACUCGUGGCGAGGAAUUUGAACGAGAUCUUAACGCGUCAAUCGAGCGCAAACGACUUGUUCUCAUAA